AUGGCAAUCGGGUUGGAGAAAAGUGGUCAAAAGUUUUUAUGGGUGCUUAGGGAUGGGGAUAAAGGUGAUUUGUUUAAAGACGAAGGUGGUGGUGAUCAUCAGGUUAAAGAAGUUCAGGUGGCAUCAAAAGAUAUCGAAAAUGCGGUGAGAAUGCUGAUGAAUUCUGCGGAGGGACACCAGAUGAGGCAAAGGGCACAAGAAAUGAGCAAAGCAGUCAAAGCAUCUCUCAUGGAUAAUGGAACCCCAUUUGGGGUGGAUUCUUUUGUUGCUCAUAUUCGCAGAUAA